AUGUCCAAAGAUGUUGGUCAGGGAUCCUCCUUCAACAGGGUUCCUAGUUGGGGUGGCCGACCUGAAACCUUUUUUCAUUACAUCACAGAGAUCAAAUGGCAUUUAGCUGGAACGAAAUCCUCAGAAAGACCGUAUGCAGCAGCAAGAUUAGUUCGUCGCAUCUUGGAGAGCGAUUAUCCUUCCCUCAAGUCCUUGGCCUACAAACUGGACCCAGCGGACUUCACCACCGAAGAUGCUGUGACUCGUCUGAUAUCAUUUUUGGAGGCUUCGCCAAUGAACCGGCAGCCAAUUCCGGAUGCUGGGCGGCAGUUGUCCGCCUACUACAGGGUUCCGGGAGCGGGAGUGGGAGCACUCAUCCAUCUCGUUUCGCUGGAAACCGUGAACCAAAUGCAGAAGCAGAAGAUGAAGACCUGCCACAGCCGGAUCAACAAUCCUCCCAAGGGUUUUGGACGGGGCAAAGGACAUAUGGCAAAUAUAGUGGAAGAGUUUGAGGGUGAGGACAUGCAGUACCAAGACUAUUGGGGCAGUAGUCAUGACUAUCCUGAGGGUGAAUACCUUGAGGAUGGUUACUAUGGUGAAGAGUUUCAGGAGACCGCAGUUGAUCCUCAAGCUGAAGAGUCUGAGGUGAAUCCAGAAUCCAUGACCGAGGACCAAGCUUUGCAUGUGAUUUCACAGCUUCAAGAAGAAGAGAAAGAGCUGAAUGCCAUGAUGGUUGAUGCUCAGCGCAACUUGGAGCAAGCUAGACGUGCAGUCCAAGAAGCAAAGAAGGAUCGUGGCUGGAAGAGCUCAGGUUCAAAGGGUUCUCCACCACACGGUUCCCAGAAGGGCACCAGCACGUUCAUGCAGGGCAAGGGACAUCGGUCACAGACCAAUUUCUUUCAGCAGAAGGGGCAUGGGUUUCAUGGCAAGGGCGGCUACCACAACCGUCCUUUCGGUUCCUCUGGUUGGCGUCCACCGCAACAGAAUCGUUUUGCAGGGCGUUCAAACUUUCAGAAUAGGAAUCAGAUGUCUCAGAGACCUUCCUCUCAUGCUGGGAUGUUCAUGGAGCCUCAAGAGCACCACAUGAUGACUAUGACAGACAUGAUCCCCGAGGCAGAAUUCUCACCAGACCUUUCCUUUUUCCCAGUGAGCCAAGCGGAUUCGCGUGCUGCCAUCCGACCUGAAGAGGCUAUCAUCGAUUCAGGUGCAACGGUGUCAGCCGGUGGCGAGACAGCUGUGAAGAACCUUCUCCACAGUUUGGCCCAAUCGCGGCCAGACCUUAGCUUGACAGUCGUCACAGAAGAUCGGCCAUAUUUCCGCUAUGGUUCGGGAUCAUGGGGUCAGGCUAGUUACAAGGCGGCAGUGGAGCGCGCUUUGGCCUCAGCUUCGGCGAAAGUGACGCCGAAGGCGAAAGCCAAAAAGGGGCCGAAGGGAGAGCUGGAUCCAACUCGGACCAUGGGAGUCCAUACCCAAGAUCCUCGUGCGAGCAAGGACUUUUGGCCAUGCAAAGGAAAUCACGACCCCAAGCAGUACUCCAACCCUCACGGAGCUUGGCUGGAAUGUCAAAAGUGUGCCCUUCGGAUGCAGUACACUCCAAUGAAGGGAGCAUCAGGUCAGAGCACUCACAUGGACCUGCCUUCCAAUGUCGUCCGGGCCAUGGAGCACCUUCGUAUGGAGGGAUUCAAGGAGAACGAUGUCGACUCACGUCUUGUGAAGAAGACGAUUCGUUACAUCGAGGGCCAAGAGCUCAUCAAGGCCAAGAAGCCCGGGAAGACUCACGGCGACUUGGACAAAAGGGAGAAAGAGAAGGGAUAUCCAGCAGCCAGCGCCUCCAAUCCGACUCCGGGGCCGGAGAUUCACAACUUGGCCAGCGACGACGAUUCGUGGGAACAGCCAACUCCCAUGAAGAAGAAGGACUCUGGAACGGACUUCUACUUCGAGUGGCCAAAGAACGCAACAGAAGAUCAUCCUGAAUACCAAUCAGAGGAGACUGAGCGGAAGAAAGCUCGACUGGACACCGUGUCAGCUCUGCGUGCCAGGAACAUUCAUCUGUUGGAUCAAGAGACGCAGAAACUGGUUUUGGAGAGAAUCCACUUGCUGGAAGAGGAAGUCAAGAUGAAACAAGAGACAGUGCAGCUUCAUGAAAUGAUCACUCAGGAACGCGAAGAUGAAGCUCACUUCCUGUCCUUCAUCCAGGACGACUUCCAGAGACCCGAGAAGGACCGUCAAUGGGUCUUCCAGAUUGAGUUCGACGUUUCGGAAGAGAUUGCUGAUGCUAAUCCGUUUUUGUACGUGAAGCGAGUCUUGGAAGGGAACAAAAACGUAGAGAUUACCUACAAGCAACUGUCUCAGGAGCAUGUUCCUUUGUUUGAUGAAGCAAAAGCCAGAGAGGUCGCUGAAGUUUUGGGUUCAAUGGCACUUCGCGCAGUACAAUCUAAAGAAGAACUGAAAGAAGCUUUGAGCCAUCCUGAACGCCAUAUUCCCAUGAGGCUGCAAUAG